AUGUGGAAGUCAUCAAUGCCCACUUACCAGAUAUUGGAGCCGGCACUCUUCCAAACCAACCGGUGCCUGAGCUGCCAAUUCCGCAGCACCAGAGUUCUUCCGAACUUGCGUUCUACACGCCAGUAUGCCACCACUGACAAUACGAAGAAGCCAAGUGAUGCUAGCAAUGCCGAAUUCAAGAUCUCCCCUCGCCCACAAAGGGAGACACAACCCCUUCGACGCUCUAUCCCAUUCCAACAAAACCCUGCCCCAGUUCCCAAACCAUCUUCCAAGCCAGGCGAUCCGGACUUCGUACCUCCAGUCCUGAGUCGUCCGAUCGGCGCACUCGCUCCCCCCGAGGUGGGAGAGAACACAGGAGUUGAUUCUCGUACAAUCAAGGAGCGGCGCGAUGACUUCGUCGACUAUGAUAAGCACAUUGCGCGACGGAAGGAACUAACGCGACAAGUCGCAAAACCUUACUUCCGCGAAUGGAACAACUUGCAAUACCACAAGGGUAAAACCUUCAUCUCGAAUCCACGGCUUUUCCGUGCCGACAAGGCCCUCUACUUCCCCAACAUGCGUGGCAUAACCCUCGCCUCCCCGAAAGAUCCCCAAGAUACCACAGCUAUCCUCCGCGGUAAAGUUAGCGUCGUCAACCUCUUCUGCAGUUUGUGGGGCGAGGAACAAACGACCACAUUCACGGGCAAUUUCGCAGGCACAGACAGAAACCCGGCCCUGAAGGAAUUACUUGCGAAGAAUUCAAAGUAUGCGCAAAGAAUCGAUCUGAACCUCGAGGAAAAUCGCAUGAAGGCGUGGCUGGUGAAGCGGUUCUUAGGCGGCGUGCGCAAGAAGUUUCCUGUCGAGCAGCACCCUCGUUACUUCUUGAUUGAGAAAGGAUUUGAUGAAUCGUUGAAAGAGGCGGUUGGGAUGGUGAAUAAGUUUGUUGGUUAUGUUUAUCUCGUUGAUGCAGAUUGUCGCAUUCGGUGGGCAGGCAGUGGACCGGCUCAUCCCGACGAGUUGGAGACCAUGCAUGCUGCAUUGGAAAGAUUGAUUGCUGAGCAGAAGGCUGCUGUUGAGUUGCAGUCGUCGACUCCUCGUUACUAA